AUGUUUAAUCAUGGUAUUAUGCCCACAACAACCAGUAAGAAAUACUCUCAAAGAAGAGUAAUAGAUUUAUCUUCAAGUUAUGGUAGAUUAGUUCAUUAUCAUUUAAAGAACAAUAUUCCAUUAAAAUAUAUUCAAAAAAAUACCAGUUAUACAGCCGAAAUGAUGCCGCCACAUCACAUUGCAUCACGGAUAUCGGGGAUGAAUAAUACAAACAAAUUUAUUCAUCUAAGUUCUAACAAAAUCAAGCAUGUAAUACAUGCGAUAACGUGGACACCUGAUGGUCGAAGAUUACUAGUUACAACACACUCGGGAGAGUUUACCUUGUGGAAUGGGAAUAAUUUUUCAUUUGAAACUAUUAUGCAAGCACAUGAUAAUGCCAUUACCUUUGUCAAGUAUUCUAAUUUUGGUGAUUGGUUAAUCAGUGGGGACUGUGAUGGAGGAAUUAAAAUUUGGCAGCCCAAUUUAAAUAUGGUGAAACAAUUAGCGAGUAAAAAUGAUGGAGGUAUGGGACAUAUGGACAGCGUUAGAGGGAUAAGUUUUAGUUGGGACGAUUCCAAGUUUGUAACGUGUAGUGAUGAUAAAAGUCUAAAGAUAUGGAAUUUCCAUACGGGGAAAGAGGAAAGAGAAUUACUGGGCCAUCAUUGGGAUGUAAAGAGCUGUGAUUGGCACAGUGAAAUGGGACUAAUUGUUAGUGGAUCAAAGGAUAAUUUGGUUAAGCUUUGGGAUCCAAGAAUGGGAAAAAAUGUGAGCUCAAUCUUGGGGUUUAAGCAUACUGUGGUGGCUACAAGAUUUCAAAACUUAGGGAAUAAAGACAAACUUGUAUGCAUUAGUAAAGACAAAUCGUGUAAGAUUUUUGAUUUGCGAAACCAUUGUAAGGAAUAUAAGAUAUAUAGGAAUGAACAACCGUUGCCCGGGUCUACUGUGGACGAAGUAGAUUAUUGCACUUUGGAGUGGGACGUUGCUAGUCCUAGUAGUUUCACCAUUGGGUCAUUUGAUGGACAAAUCAGGUUUUAUGACUAUACUUUGGAUCUGUCCACAUGCUAUCACAAUAUUCCUUAUGCACAUGAAAAGUGUUUGACUACAAUGGCGUACAAUCCCCUGGGACACAUGUUUGCCACUGCCUCUAAGGAUCGUACUAUUAGGUUUUGGACAAGAGCUAGGCCGUACGAUCCUAAUGCUUAUGACGAGCCUAUUUACAAUAAUAAAAAGGUUACUGGUUGGUAUUAUGGAAUUAAUAAUGGAAUCAGUUCAAUUAGAGCCAAGACGGAAUAUGGAUUAGCAUUACAACAGCAAAGUGUUACAAGUGGAGAUCAAGGUGACAAUGUGGAGACUGGUGGUAUCAAUGGUAAAGAUGAAAAGAAAUCAGGAUUGGGUGUUACCGCAAAUACAAUCAUUAAGGAUGGUAGCGGUAAUAACUCUAAAAACAACAAUGGUGGUACUCUGCCUUUGCAUAAUAUGAAGGGGAAACAGCAAUCUACAUUUACUUUACCAGGAUUGGGUUAG